AUGUCGUUCGAUGCGCCAGCUUCAGCGUACAGUAUCUCUGAGCCUCAAGCACGGGCUCUAAGUGCUUCAUGUCUUGAUUUCCUCCUAAUAGAGCUGGUACCUAUGGCAGAACGCCUAGCGAAGGAACUCUCAGCCGAUGAGAAGACUCCCGACGAUGAUGAGAUUAGGGAAACGACAUUUUUCCGCCUCGAAUCUCUUGGAUACAGAGUUGGACAAGGUCUUGCAGAAAGAUUCUCUCGAGACCGCCCUAGAUUCUCGGAUAAUCUUGAUGUUAUCAAGUUUUUAUGCAAAGACUUAUGGACCAUCCUUUUCAAAAAACAGGUCGAUAAUUUGAAAACCAAUCAUCGGGGAGUAUAUGUUCUGACCGAUAAUUCAUUUCGGCCAUUUGCAAAGAUGAGCAUGUCUGUGAGAAGCGAGGCGGUGUCCAUGGCUCAGGCGGUAUGGGACUACCAGUUGGCCCCUUAA